CGCGGUGACGCGCGCAUGGCUCAGCCAAUCAGCGCGCGGUAAGCGGUGACGGACAGCGGGCGCGGCCUGUGGAACGGCGCGGGGGGCGGGCGCAAGGGGAGGGGCGGUGCCCGCGAACAUGGCGAAGACGUACGAUUAUCUCUUCAAGCUGCUGCUGAUCGGCGACUCGGGCGUGGGGAAAACCUGCGCGCUCUUCCGCUUCUCCGAGGACGCGUUCAACGCCACCUUCAUCUCCACCAUCGGUAUUGAUUUUAAAAUUAGGACCAUAGAGCUGGAUGGCAAGAGAAUUAAACUGCAGAUCUGGGACACGGCCGGGCAGGAGCGCUUUCGAACCAUCACCACCGCCUACUACCGAGGAGCGAUGGGCAUUAUGUUAGUCUAUGACAUCACCAACGAGAAAUCUUUUGAAAACAUCCGGAACUGGGUCAGGAAUAUUGAAGAGCACGCCUCUCCGGACGUCGAAAAAAUGAUCCUGGGGAACAAAUGUGACGCAAAUGACAAAAGACAAGUUUCUAGAGAGCAAGGGGAGAAGCUUGCUGCAAGUUUCGGAAUUAAAUUCAUGGAGACCAGCGCAAAAGCGAAUAUAAACAUAGAGAAUGCGUUUUUUACUCUUGCAAGAGAUAUCAAAGCGAAAAUGGACAAGAAGUUGGAAGGCAAUAGCCCGCAAGGCAGCAACCAGGGAGUCAAAAUCACACCAGACCAGCAAAAGAAAAGCAGCUUUUUCCGAUGUGUUCUUCUGUGAGGGACACGGCCUUAACCUGAGCGUCCGCUCAGCUGGACUGACUGUGCCUGUUGGAGCGGGAGUUCCUCUGUCUGUGGACUUAGCGUUCUCGACAUACCUUGUCACUUUGUGACCACCUGAAUAAGAAAUUGUUUAUUUUAGUAAUUGUCUGACUCUUCCGUUUUGGAGAUGAAACAAGUUUAUUGUUGGCAGAUGGCCACGCGUGUUGUCUGGCGGAGGGAGCGCGGCUCGGACGGGACCUGCGAUAUCGCACCUUUGCUGACCGGCUGCCAUCUCUGUGCGCGUUUCUGUCACGUAUCCACGCUAGAAAGAUUAAGUUAUGAUCAAAAGAAGGACCUGAGACGCCCGUAUGAAUAAAGAACAGGUGUGUACGUGAUGCACGUGCAUAUCCAGGGCUGUAGGUGCAUCAAAACAUCAGCUCAGUGCACUUAGGUGGGCAGAACAGGCUUUACCUUUUCGGAAGGUAGAAGGAAACUUCCUGCAGCUCCACCUCUUCGCUCCUACAGAGAAAAUCCUUCAUUUUGCUUAUUCAGUUGUGUUAUUCUAGACAAUCCACUAUUGAAGUUUAAAUGAAUCUCUAUUUUUAUAAAAAACCAAAGCGUGCUGUAAAUAGAAUGGAUCCUUCCCAUCAGAAAUUACUUUAUCCGUGGUAGACUUGACUGGGCUUAAUUAAAUACUGAUGUUUAGAGACAUUUAGCAGGAGGUGACAGCUACAAGGAGUCCCGUGUGAAUGAUGUGUUGUCUGUUCUUAGAGGAACAGACCCUGGUUCGGGUAGGGACGCAAAAUUAGUAGCGUUACCAUGGGCGGCUCCUCCUUGUCCCGCUGAGAGUGGCUCCCCAUCUGUUGUGGUGGCGAGUUCGAAAUUGGGACAAGGAAAUGGAUUGCACUGCUUCCCGUUGUGUGUCCUCGUGCACACUUGCUCACAUAUGCAAAUAAAUGUUGCACAUAUGAACACUUUCCGAAAACAAACUUCUUUUCCAACUGAGAUUUGCCUCGCUGCUGCGGAUCGGUCACUUUGGAUUUCGAGCAGCAGCAUGGUGAUCGCGUGCAUGAAUGCGAACGGUGUUCGGUCCUCAGCGGAAAUAUUCCAUGUAUUUAUUCCUAUAAACAUUCCGAUGUGUAAAAUGUCACGGCCGAGGAAAGCGCUGUGUUCUGAGGCUGCAAGCCUGGCUUAAUUCCACUGACACAGGAGCCAUCGGCUUCGGAGCCUCCUGGCAAAGGGUUUAUGGUGGUUUAUUGGAUUCCGAUGAUCGGCUGUGUCCUGCGACUCACUGGAACUGGUAACAUGGUUUGUUUACAUUGACAACUGCACUUAAGGAUCAAAUUAAAGCUGAUUUUUAAAGUUAA